UAUGGGCUGGAUAACAAUGACAACACUUUCCCGUCGCGAUAGUAAACCUUCAAAGAUAAAUGUCAUCAAUUACAGCGACGUUUACAAACCAAAUACAAAGACUAUUCCAAGUAAUUAUGGCCAAGAAUCCUACCCUAAAGAUGCCCACGAAGAAAAGGGAAGUGGUAUAGUGACAGAUGCACGUGAUGAUGUAACCAUGCACAUCAAUCAGUCCUGUUCAUGGGAUAGUAUUUCUCCACCACUUGACGAAAUGACAAGGAAGAAAUACGAAAUUCAUGAUUUAUUACGAGUUAAGAAACCCGCCUUCCUCUCAAACUAUAAGAACCCAUGUUGGUUUGAAGACACUACACGUGCCUUACGAUGCAUUCCGUACUUUCACCUCGUUGGUUUUCACAAAUGCGGAACGACCCUCACCUUCAGCACCAUUGUUAGUCAUCCCGAGACCGUCGCACCGAAGGGAAAGGAAACCCAUUGGAUUGCUGCGAAAAGGUUCAAAGAAAGUUCAAAUAUCCGAAGGUUUGCGGACAGAUUUUCCACAGCUGCCAAAGAAAUAGAAAGUCGUGUGCUCACAGAUUCACCUUCAGGCCAGACAUUCCACCACGUCAUUACAGGUGAUGGUUCGCCAACGACAAUCAAUGGUAACGAGAAGUGGCGUUACAUGCCCGGUAACUAUAACUGUACAGAGCCUCGGGUCCUCAAUCCACACUAUUUAUAUCAUCUUUACCCCUCAACUAAAAUCAUCAUUAUGAUCAGAAACCCAACAGACAGGAUGAUAUCUGCGUAUAACUAUAUGACCCUCGAGUAUCCACAUGUGACGGCAGAGAGCUUCCACAAAGAAGUGGUUAAUGAGAUAAGAGCGUUUGAAGAGUGUUUAUCAAUUUCGUCUGUGAGGACUUGUUUAUACGAAAAGAGAAUUCAAGUUUGGACUGGUCUGUACCAUGUGGUCAUCAGUGACUGGAUGAAAGUUUUCCCUCAAGAACAGAUUUUGAUCGCAAGACUGGAAGACAUCCGUGAUGAUCCUUAUAUAUCUUUCUCAAAAAUAUUUGAGUUUCUGGACUUAAGUCUUGUGUCUAGAUCGGAAUUUCAACAAAUGCAGAAGAGGGGAAAAGACAAUAAAGGAGAAACACGUUUUCAAGCGAGGAAUGAGACACGUCAACUGUUAGACGACUUCUACAGACCUUACAACAUCCAGCUUGCCAAACUAUUGAACCAUAGGUACCCUACUUAUACUUAAAUGUCCUUGAUGCAUGGAUAGUGAUACCAUUCAUUCUAAAUUCACUACUUUUGCUUGUAGGUGUUCUAUGCCAUUAGGGUUAUGCUCAUCUCACUUUUGUGUCAUCAAAUGUGUUUGACUCACAACUAAUAAAUUCGAUAGAUCUACAUUUCA